UCAGGCGCACCCCGAGCUCCAGGCGGGACUUCCUCUCUCCUGCGGAUGCGACAUCAGGGCCGGGGAGCAGGCAGAAAGGGCUUGGUCGGGGUGUCACCGGGUCCCGAGCCGCGCGUCUCCGUCCGGACGGCAGAUCUCUCCCCCCCCCCACCCCCCGCCCUCCGCCGCCGAACUGGACGCGAUAGCCGCCCCGCGCAGAGGAGCCUCCUCCCCGGCUAUGCUGCCCUGAGAGCGCCGCGACCAUCCGCCCCGCCAAAAUGUCUGAUGUCAACAGGACUGUUCAGAAAUGGCACGCCAGUUUUAGGAAAGGCACAGACUUUGACUCGUGGGGUCAGCUGGUGGAGGCGAUAGAUGAGUACCAAAUUCUCGCCAGACAACUACAAAAGGAGGUCCAGUCUACAAACUCUUCAGACUUCACAGAGGAGCAGAAGAAAAACUUAGGAAAGAUUGCAACAUGCCUAGAGAUGAGAAGUGCCAGUUUGCAGUGCACCCAGUCAAAGGAGGAGUUCAAGUUAGAAGACUUGAAGAAGCUGGAGCUCAUAAUCCAGAAUAUACUCACCUAUAACAAAGAGUUUCCUUUUGAUGUCCAGCCAGUGCCAUUAAGGAAAAUCCUUGCUCCGGGCGAGGAGGAGAACCUGGAGCUGGAGGUGGAGGACGAUGCUGCUGCGGGAGCGGGUUCCACGGAGGCGUUCCCGCCGAGAGCUCCCGGCACCCUGUUGCCACGGUUGCCUUCAGAACCUGGGAUGACGCUACUCACGCUAAGAAUAGAGAAAAUCGGGUUGAAGGACGCCGGCCAGUGCAUCGAUCCUUACAUGAGCAUCAGUGUCAAAGAUGUGAACGGAGUCGAUCUGAACCCCAUGCAGGACACUCCCGUGGCCACCAGGAAGGAAGACACGUACAUUCACUUCAACGUGGACGUAGAAAUUCAGAAGCAUGUAGAGAAAUUACCAAAAGGAGCAGCUAUCUUCUUUGAAUUCAAGCACUACAAGCCCAAAAAGAGGUUCACCAGCACAAAAUGCUUCGCCUUCAUGGAAAUGGACGAGAUCAAACCCGGACCCAUCGUCAUCGAGCUGUACAAGAAGCCCACAGACUUUAAGAGGAAGAAGCUGCAGCUGCUCACAAAGAAGCCACUUUAUCUCCAUCUUCAUCAGACGCUCCACAAAGACAGCUAAGCCUCCUCUUUGAGCUCACUGCAUAUCCAGGGAAAUGUGAUGUUCCUCCUCAUCGUCGCAUUCAGCAAUACCAAGUCAAGGCUGCGGUGUGAAAAAGGCAAAAAGGGAACCGAUCUCCUCGCACAGAUUUGAUGAAUUUAAGUGCAUUUUUGUCUCCUUCUGUUACAGGGAACCUCAUCUUUAAACCGGCGGCAGCUUGUUAAAGCCGCUUAGGAUGUUCAGUCUUCCACAGGUAGCGCUCUGAGAUAUAUAUAUAUAUAUAUAUAUAUAUAUAUAUAUAUAUAUAUAUAUAUAUAUAUAUAUAUAUAUAUAUAUA